AUGGCUGUGGAUGCUGUUCAAAAUGUGGAAAAUUAUAUUCGAGAUAUAGCUAAAGACAGAAAAUGUCGGUUUAGUGAAAACUUCUUAGAUUUUGACAAUUUACGCUCUGGUCGUGUCACAGCAAGCCAAUUUUUCAGAAUCCUACGGAAUCUCAUUGGUGUCCCGCUUGAAAAACCUCAAGAAGAUUUAAUUCUUAGAAAAUAUGGAAUCAAUGGAAACAAAGAUGUAAACUGGAGGGAGUUCGUUAGGGCAGUGGAGGGGAAAUUUAAUGAAAACGAUUUCUCGUUACCACCAGAGUUGAAGGUCCUUCAUACAAUAGAAUCACCAAACUUAGGCACGAAGUCGUAUCAUCAGUUACCAGGAGAUGAGAAGUUUGAUUAUAUACGACCGUUGUUAUCAAGAAUUAAUCAAUUUAUUGAACAGCAGGGCUAUAUAAUACGGGAGUGUUAUAGACAGUAUGAUAUUCACAAUAUGGGGAUAGUAACGGAAAGCCAGUUUUUUAGAGGAUUUCCAGGACCAAAAGAUAUUAGUGAUGAGGAAAUUAUGGCACUUGUUCAGCGUUACAGAUCACUAACUAGUCCCGGAUUUGUGGAUUACAUGGCUUUUGAAAGAGAUCUCAGAAUGGUUGACUCUAACGAGAAGCUUUCAGUGGAGGGUAUACCUCCCACGGAUAAUGUAUACUGUACGAGUCAACGAUUAAUGUGCCUGUUUCUAUUCGACAAACAUCUUAUUUUAAUGGAAGAGAAAGCUACUCGCUUAACCACUUCAUUUUACUACAGAAUCGUAAACUCCAGUUUCUAUCUACAAAAAAAAGAAACCGAGUAUAUCUAUCGAAAGGAAGAAUUGUACAAUCCAUCACAGAGUAUGAUUGUUGACCGGAUAAAGUUUGCUGUACGCAAUCGUGGUAUACGUGUAAUGGAAUUUUUUGUCGACUAUGAUAAACUUAGACACAAUGAAGUGACAGAGCACCAGUUUAUCUGCGCAUUACUAUCCGCUGUUGGCAAAGAAGCUCAACUAAGCCGGGGAGAAGUUCAGAUGCUUGCAAAUUACUAUCGGUCGAAAAGAGAUCCACAAAUGAUUAACUAUCGUGAAUUUUGUCGAGAAAUUGAUUCACCUUUCCAUACGCUAGACUUAGAAAAAGAUCCGUUGAAGCGAAUAAGUAUGCCGUCGACGGGUGCACUUUCAAAGGCUUUGUGUGUGCUAAGUCCUGAAGAAGAAGAUCGUGUAUCCAAGCUACUUGAAGAAAUAAAGAGUAAAGUUCGCGAGAAACGAAUUCUAACAUAUCCAUAUUUUCGAGAUUAUGAUUUUGGAACCGGCUUUUCACGAAGUAUCAGCUGUACACAGUUUGAAAGAGUUUUACACUUUCUUGGUUUGGAUGUGGGUAAAGAAGAUUGUCGAAGAUUAUGUCGAAAAUUUGCUGAUGUAGAAAAGACAGGUGUGAAUUAUAGUGCAUUCUGUCAAACAGUGGAUGAGUGGUAUACAGCUGCAGCUCCUGUCGACAUGAAUGCAGAUAAUCCAGGUGAUGUUAAUUUUGAAAAUUUGAAUUUCGACGAAACGAUAAACAUCCCGAAGAUAGGUGAUACACGUUGUGGUAGAAAUGCAGUACGCCGAGAUUGGUAUUCUACAGUAAUACCAUUGAUUCAUUCAGCCGGUGAUAAAUGGCCAGUUGAAGUUUUACUGGAUCGUAUUCGGCACUUGGUUUUAACAAAUCGCAUACAACUUAAGCCAUGGUUUCAUGAUUUUGAUCAGUUACGCACUGGUUAUGUAACGCGGUCACAGUUUGAACGUUGUUUAACAGCUGCAGGGUUAACACGUACUGGUCUGCAUGACCUGACGCCAGCUCAAAUAAACGUUUUGACCAAUAACUAUGUAUCAUCCUCUGAUCCGAAUAUGGUGAACUGGAUAAAUUUUGUCAAUGAUAUAGACACAGUGUUUACUAUACCAGAGUUAGAAAAACAACCAUUGACACGUGUACUACCACAAGAAACGUUUAUUCAACCGAAACCCGGUACAGCUGAUUGGUCAACUGCUACUGAAGAAAUGAUAAAGAAUUAUGAAAGUGGUAUGGCGGCUAUAAGACGAAAAGCUAAUGAACGACGCAUGCUAUUGCUACCGGAUUUCGCUGCUUUUGAUCCAAUACAUCGUGGUCUAGUGACAACAAAUAAUUUCCGUCAAUUAGUCAGCAUGUUUGGAUUUUCCUUAUCCCCUGGAGAAAUUGAUGCAAUCAUUGCACGCUAUGCAAACGAUGAUGGUUUUAACUAUUUAAGCUUUCUGAAUCAUUUAUGCCCACCAACUGAAGAAGACAAUGAGUACAAAUAUCCACAGCGUUUAGAAUGCUUACAGAAAACAAAUAUACUGGGUAAAACCAGAGUGGAAAUGGAACCAGUACUGAGAGAUGCUGAAGGUGUUAUGGAUAAGCUUAAAGCAGAAGUAUAUCGUAGACGUCUUAGACUUUCUGAAUGGUUCCGUGAUCAUGACAAACUCAAUCAUGGAUAUCUACCAAGAAUAACUUUCCGACGAUGUCUUGGCGUUCUUAAUUUACAAAUCGGAGAAACAAAUUUAAGUGUUCUUGAAGACAGAUAUAAAGGUCCACUACCUGAGACAAUAGAUUGGAGAGAGUUUGUUGCCGAUAUUGAAACUAUAUUCCAGACACCGAAUUUAGAAAAGGAUCCUUUAAUAGAACCUGGUGUAUACAGGCCGGAUUCACCGGUAGCUCAGAAUUAUUUAACCGCUGAACUAGCUAAAACUGCUGCUGACGCCAUAGUUAAGAUUCAAGCCAGGGUGAGAGAACGUAGAUUACAGCUGGCCACAUUGUUCGGUGAUUUCGAUCAAACGCAUCGUAUGACGGUCAGUCAGAGUCAAUUUCGUCGUGUACUAAUGACACUGGGCCUUGGUGACCUGCUAACAGAAAGAGAAUGGACUGCACUUUACUGCAAAUAUCGUCAUCAGUUAGGUGUAACUGAUAAUAUUAAUUAUCUAGCCUUUGCUGAUGAUGUCUACAGAGGCGCUGGUAUAGAACCACGCAUGCCUUAA